GUACCAGCAGCGAAGACAAAUUUUCUAAUCCCCGUCUACUCGAGUAGACCACGGAAUUCACAAUGAAUCCAUCCCUCGAGCCAGCAAUCCUCCCGCCUCGAACUACAACACCCCGAAAUGCAGUUCACUUACAGAAGCAUUCUCGUGUUCGGUGCGACUAGCGGAAUCGGAUACGGCCUCAGCGAGAAGUUCCUUGCCGAGGGGCGGAAAGUGGUUCUCGUCGGUCGGAGGAAGGACCGCUUGGAGGAGUUUAUCGGGAGGUACGAGGGAAAGUACGGGAAGGAGAGGAUGGGGUAUUAUGUCUUUGAUGUGACAAGAUCGGAGGAGAUUGGAUCCUGGGUGGAGAAGUAAUCCUCUGUCUCUUUUUCUGAAACAUCUUUGGGAGGGGUCUUGCCUUGCUGACUUUACUUUUGUCAUUCAGAGUGACGAAGGACCAUCCCGACCUGGACUGCGUGUUUCUGAAUUCUGGUAUCCAGCGGGGGUUCAAUUUUUCGAAGCCGUCUACUGUUUCCAUGCCGCUGCUACAGAGUGAGCUCACAACGAAUUACACCUCGCACAUAUAUCUCACACACGCGUUCUUGCCGUUCCUGCUGGAGAAGCGGUCUGCUUCUCUCAUGUAUACCACCUCUGGCCUAGCCCUGGUCCCGCUGCCCCGGUGUCCGAAUUACUGCGCUACAAAGGCUGCUCUGCACCAAUUUAUUAUUAGUCUCCGCUUGCAUUUAAAGGGUACCGGAGUGCGCGUGCUGGAGAUAAUGCCACCGUCAGUGCAGACGGAGUUGCACGAUGAGGAGGUUCAACCUGGUUUGCGAACCCCCCCUUCCUUCCCCUGUUUGUCUUUGGUUUGGGUUUGCCGCAAGCUUUAAUACGGGGAGCUGACUGAUGAACAGACAUCAAAGACGGAAGACUACUUGGCAUGCCGAUUAAUGAUUUUAUCGAGGAGACAUGGGCCAUGCUGAUGGAGGGCAAUGCAUAUGAAGAGUUCCCGAUUGGUCCGGCAAAGGAGUGGUAUGCUGCGGUGGAGCCCGGGAGGAAGUAUAUUCUUUCGAAAAUGCCGCAGGCUCCAGCAGGAUAUUAGCUUUGGUGUAGGGGAUAAGUGGGAGGCUUUCAGUGCUGGAUUUACUUUGUGCGGAGGGUGCAAUGGAGCUGGGGAUUCUUGAGGCAGCGGUUCAGUGUUUGUGAUGUGAGUUGGUGGGAGAGGGGUUACGUGGGGGUUUCUCUUAAUCGUAUGAUAUUGUUGCUUUGGCGAAUACCGGCAACAUGGGACUGGGGAAGUGAACUGUAUGGGGUAGUACCGCAUUAUCUGGAAAUACUGGAAAUCACACUAAUGCUUAGUGCACCGCCAUGUGGCACACUAGUGGAGGGUGGCAAACUAAGCGAAUAUAAAAACAAAGGUCAAGAGGGACUCAGAGCUUAUAACACUUAUAAAGAUUCAAUGAAAGGCUGUACUACAACAAUUCAGAACUCUGGAGAACCCCCAACAAAAGAUUAUAUGCCUGGUGGUACAUUAUGUAAGAGAAACCAAUCCUCAUACCCAAUGUUCUAUUGCAACAAAUAAUAACACUAACAGGAAACUCCAAAACCAAUAUCCCUUAAGUUCAUAUCAUAUACCUAGAAAAUAGGAUACCAUAGAGCUUUGGUAACUAUUGAUAAUUUUGACUGAA